ACACACACACAGGAUGUGGACACACUUGCAGAGAGAGUGAAGGAGAGGAGAAAAUAAGAGUGUAAAACCAUCAGGUCUGAAACAUGGCGCUGAGAGCCGCUCUGCUGAAGAGUAUCUGGUACGCCUUCACGUCCCUGGACACCGAAGACAGCGGCAAAGUGUCCAAAUCACAGCUCAAGGUUUUGUCUCAUAACCUUCACAGUGUUUUGCGUAUUCCUCACGAUCCGGCGGCCCUCGAGAGACACUUCAGCGACGAUGAUGACGGCCCCGUAUCCAGUCAGGGGUACAUGCCUUACCUGAACCAGUUCAUACUGGACAAGGUGACGGAGGGGACGUUCGUUAAAGAAGAAGUCGACGAGCUUUGCUGGACUCUGUGUUCCAAGAAAAACUACCGUCCCGACACGCCCCGGGUUCUGACCAAUCAGGACGCUCUCCGCCUCUGGUGCCUCUUCAACUUCCUGGCGGAGGACAGAUACCCUCUCGCUCUCGUGCCGGAGGAGGCGGAGUACCUGCUGAGGAAGGUGAGCAGUGUGAUGACGGUGGAGCUGAGCUGUGUGGAGCUCGAGGAGCUUCCGUCGCGCGACGCCCUGAGCGUGUGGACCUUCCUGGAGCUGGUGAACGCGGCGGCCGCUAGCCGGGACGCCGACGCCGAGAGCCUGUCCAUGGCCGUGGAGAAGGUGUAUCGCGAGAUGGUGGGGAACGUGUUGAAAGAGGGCUACCUGUGGAAGAAGGGACACCUGCGCAGGAACUGGACCGAGCGCUGGUUCUGCCUGAAGCCCGGGUCCUUCUCGUACUACGCCAGCGAGGACGGCAGGGAGUGUAAGGGCGUCAUCGAGAUGGACCAGAACUGCUGUGUGGAGGUGCUGUCGGACCGGGACGGGAAGAGAUGCAUGUUCUGCGUGAAGACGCUCAACAAGACUUUCGAGAUCAGCGCGCCGGACUCCAGACAGAGACAAGAGUGGAUCACAGCGAUGGCGACGGCUCAGCGCUUGUCUGCGUCGGGCCAGACGUCUCUCCACGAGGAGCUGAAGGCUCGGCGCCGGGACCAGCGCGAGGAGCGAGAGAGGAGGCGCUCGCUGCGGGUGGAGGAGACCCGGCGUCUGCAGGAGCUUCAGGAGGAGCGCGAGGAGCAGUGGGUGGAGCUGAAGCUGCUGAAGGAGGCGCAGAUACAGACGCGAGUCUCUCAGAAGGAGGAGGAGCAGAGGAGGAGCAGACAGCAGGAGGAGCUGCAGAGCGCCCUGGAGAAGCAGCUCGUGCAGGCGCAGGAGGCGCGUGCGAAUCUUCGAGCAGAGGUGGCGGUUCGCGAUCUGGAGGCCGAACAUCAGCGACGGAGAAUCAGAGAACUGGAAGAUCUUCAUCACAGACUGCAAGAAGCUCUAGAGCAACAGAUCAGAGCGAGACAAGAGGAAGAGACGUACAGAUACACACAGACCAGGCUGCUGGCGGAGGAGGAGGAGAAGGUGAAGUCGCUGCUAGCGCUGCAGGAGGAGCAGGAGGAGCAGCUCCAGCAAACCCAGCGCGAGAAGCAGGAGCUCAAGCAGGAGAUGGACAAGAAGUCCCAGGAUCUGGACGAGGCCCAGCAGCAACUCGACAAAGUGCGGGCUAGUCGACGCAGAGUGGACCAGGACAUCGCGGCCGCCCAGCGUAAACUUCGUCAGGCCAGCACGAGUGUUAAACACUGGAACGUUCAGAUGAACCGCCUGAUGCACCCCAUCGGCCCUGGAGAAAGGAGAGCGUCCUCCGGUAAUCUUCUCGCCCCUCCGGUCCGCGUCCCCUCCGUCAGUGAGACCGAAUCGAGACCUCCAACGAAAGACAAACAGAACAACCUCGAAUGUGAAGAUAACAGCAGUGGCGAGAAUAUGGACUGUGGGAACAACGAAAACACAGAGCCGACCGACCUUGACGCUGAAUAAACCUGACAUAACAGUGAUAAACCUGACAGAAAAAUGACCUGACUUAGCUGACUGUGAAUGAUUCAGAGCUAUAAUCAUUACUGAAAUGUACAUGUGUUUUGUUAUUAUUGUCGUCUGGCAGAAUCGGGCUGUUUUUGCUGGUGAAACUUGUGGUUUUACUUCCUGUUUCCUGUGUCAGCAGAAGAUGCUGUGCUUGUGUAGAACUGAUCUUUAUCUCUCGCUCACUGUCUUGAAAGAGAAUAAAUGAUUAUAAAAAAAAACUAAAUAUGUGAGUCUU